GGGCCCGCUCGAGCUCUUUAGAGAGGGUUCCGUCAAAAUGAGCGUCACCUCACGUUAGAUCGGUAACUAACCGUUGAGAUGUAAAUGCGUGGAUAACCAGAGACUGAGGUGACAUUAACGCACGCCCUGUUUCUAGUUCAACCGCUCAGCGUCUAAAAUAACGACCUAACAUAAAUGUUGACCCAACCGCCUGUCCAGAGGUCCACACUGAGCCGCCAUGUUAUGACGUCAUUUCCUAAUCCCAUCCCGGUGGAGGCUCAAUUGGUGCGGAGUCAUGAAAGUGUUUGUAAACAACUCAGACAGAAGGAGCCGCAAACAGGAGUCUGACCAAUUCCCACACAUAUCCCCGAGUGUCAACACAUCCUGCGGAGUGUCCCUAAUCUUGGGAUGUGAAGGGUGUUGGAGUUCAAGAUUUCUUAAUGUCUUUAAGUCGACAGGAUGACACAACUGUAACACCAGUGAUUCAUUCAUAGCUGUCCGAGUUGCUAUACCAUUCCGGUUGCCUCGAGAUCCCCGUCAUUACCUGUGUACUGUUCACCCAUUGAGUUAAGAUGCCGUGGCCAUUUUCGGAGUCCAUCAAGAAGCGGGCCUGUAGAUACCUCCUGCAUCGGUACCUUGGCAACUUUCUGCAGGAGAAGCUGAGCUUGGAUCAGCUCAGUUUAGACCUCUAUCAAGGCACCGGAUCACUUGCACAAGUGCCAUUGGAUAAAUGGUCACUCAAUGAACUCCUAGAGACGGCAGAUGCCCCUUUUGAGGUCAUCGCAGGGUUCAUCCAGACAAUUUCUCUAACCGUUCCAUGGGCGGCCCUACUGCACGAAAACUGUGCCCUGGAGGUCAAAGGUUUGGAGAUGGUGCUCAGACCAAGACCAAGAGUGGCAUCUGGCACUGAGCCCAUGUACUGGUCCAGUUUCAUGACGAGCAGCAUGCAACUUGCCAAAGAAUGUCUCAGCCAGAAACUCACCGACGAUAUGGGAGAGAGCUUCCAGCCUUUUGAGGGGUUAGAGAAGUUUGCAGAAACGAUAGAGACAGUUCUGAGAAGAGUUAAAGUGACAUUUUUGGAUACUGUUCUCAGAGUCGAACACAUUCCAGAAAAUUCUAAAACUGGGAUCGCCCUUGAGAUUCGAAUCAAAAAGAUUGUUUACUGCGAUGAAACAGGCGAGGAGACUUCAAGUGUGAAUGUGCACCAGCCAACGACAUUUGCACAUAAAAACCUGCAGAUGGAAGGCAUCACUGUAUUUUGGGAUGAGUUCUCAGAUGUGUCCCGUGCUGGCUGUAAAUCUUCACCCACUCCAGCGGAAACUGAGCCAAAGCUCUCCCCUAGCUGGAAUCCCAAAAUCAUAUGUGAGCCUCAUCCUCAGUUUACAGAGCCGUUAUCCUCUACGACACCCUUUGAACCGGUGCAGGUCGGGAGCCUCUGUGGUAAAAUAGAGUUGUCCCUCACUCUGAAAAACAACUUGGCGAUGCCUGGAGCAAAGCUGGAUGUUGUCGGACACAUUGAUACACUUCUCAUUCUUCUGUCUCCACGGCAAGUUCAUCUUCUUCUGGACUUGUGUGGAGCUUUUUCUGGUGGAGGUGCGCAGGAAUCGGCUAAGGAUAGAAAGAGCAGACCCAUGCAGCAAGAGGAUGAGUAUCGGCUCCAUAUGGAACUGAACCGCUGUCUGAAGAAGGAUACCGCUGUGCUAGGAACAGACCCAGACCUCUUUGAGAGCCAGACCGCCAGAACUGUGUCUAGUCGAGAUGACGUGUUCUUCUCCAUGGCAGACAUGGACAUGUCUCACAGCUUGUCAUCCCUUCCUCCUCUGGGUGAACCGCCCACCGUUGACUUGGAUUUGUCACUCAAUAGCAACUACUCCACCUCACCAGGAGAAUCUCCGUCUGCAACAGCUCUGUGGGAUGAUUACAUGGAUGUACCACGACAAAGAGAGAAGCAGACUAAUGAAGCUCCCAUCCAGUCGCGGGAUUUACAAUUUCCUCAAAAAUUACUGAGACAGCCUUCCCAUCCAACCAAAACCCACGGUGAUGAGUCGAGGCCAGAGCUGGUGUUGAGGUUGACACUGAGCAGCCUUGCCGUCUCAGUCCUCCACAUCGACCCGCUGCCACCACCGGAUGCUGCUCCCAGUCCCCUUGGCCCCAUGGCUGCACACUUCUUCAGCAUGGUGGGCCCAGGCCAGCUCGCCCCAGCUGCUUUCCUUCAGUCCCGGACAGUGUUUAACCAGGCUUGCCCCCAUGACCAUCUGAGGUUUGUGGCCCAGGGCCUAAAGAUCCACUACGAGCACUGUCAGGGAUCCAGCCUGCGGACUUUCAGUACUGACGUCUCCCUUGACCAGAUGGAGUUUUUGGAGUGUCUUUUCCCCUCUGAGGCUUUCACUGGUGGCUCCCAAAGAGGCAUUCAGUACACUGAGCUCCUGACAUUUGACACCACAGUCAGUGGUGAUGCGGCGCUUACCAGCUGCCUUCACCUACUUUACAAACAGGCUGAGCGCAGAGGCCCUCAGGGCGGCCAGGUUCGCCUUUGCACCAUUCCUAGGAAGGCUGAGAUCCAGGUGGAGCUGGGCCCCGUGCGCUCUGAGCUGGACAUCAGCAUCGUGGACCGUCUCAACUCUUUGCUACAACCUCAGAAGCUGGCCACCACAGAGCUGAUGGCCUCCCACAUGUACACAUCCUAUAAUAAACAUGUCAGCUUGCAUAAGGCCUUUACAGAGGUCUUCCUUGAUGACAGCCAUACUCCCACUAACUGUCACGUAUCGCUGACUGUCAAUGCCCCGUUGCUGGGCCUUGCCAUCCGCUUCCCCAUCCCUGACCUGCGUUCAGAUCAGGAGAGGGGCGCUUGGUUUAAGAAGUCCCUGCAGAAGGAAGUACUUUACCUGGAGCUGGAAGACCUGGAAGUGAAGACAGAGUUCAUGGGUGGCAGCUCUCCUGACCAAACCAAAAUGGAGCUCACUUUCAGGGAGCUUAUUGGGAAGUUUCAGGAGGAGCCGGAUCAACCAGCUGCCCGGUUCCUCAGAGUGUCCCACACCAUGGAUGGAGACAUGACGACAUCUGAAAGUGUGAAGUUUGAUUGGCCGAGGAUUGUGCUGAAGAUGAACCCCACUGCAGUCCACUCGAUACUGGAGCGGGUGACGGCUGAAGAUGACGAGGGUGCUGAGGACCAUUCCCUUGAAGAGGAAGAGGAGGAAGGGGCUGCCCAUUCACUCAAGGAUGUGUGUGACUUUGGGAAACCAGAGCCAUCACCCUUUUCGUCACGAAGGGUCAUGUAUGAGAAUGAAGAGAUGGUCAUCCCUGGUGAUGUUGCUGAAAUGACAGAGUUCCAGGAUAAAACCAUGAACAACUCCCGCUUCAUCCUUGAGUUGUGUUUCCCCAAUGUGCAAUUAAUGCUCCCCAGCAAGGCAUUUUAUGAAAAACUACACAACAGGAUAAACAAUGACCUGUUGCUGUGGGAGCCAACUGCUCCAUCUCCAGUGGAGACGGUAGAAAGCAUGCCAUAUGGAGUCGGACUCUCUGUCGCCAGUCAGUUGAUCAACACUUAUUCCAAGGACAGCUUCAGCCAGUUCCGCUCUACCGGUCCCGAGGAGGACAGUGGCUCAGACGAAGAGACCAUGCACUAUUACUGUCCUGCGUCUGACCUGGGCCUCAGGUCUCGCAAGAAGAAAAAGCCCAAAGCCCAGAGCAAGACCUCCCAGAGCCUGUUCUCUGUCAUCAUCAGUGUCAAUCAUGGCCUGGUGACUCUUCAAACUAAUGCUAAGAAGGAGGAUAAAACUCUACUGAAAAACAAACAUGGCGAGUUCUGGCUGGAGGUGAAAAAUGCCGUGUUGUUCAGUGUGACGCAGUACGAAGGAUAUAAAGACCAACACUACAUCUGCUUCCACACCAGUAAUAUCUGCAUGUACCAUCAAGGACUUGUGGAUGGAGGCACCUCUGUCUCAGACGUCAAGCUGCCGUGCAGGACGCAUCCCCACUGGUUAGAGCCAACCAUCUACCAAUCCGAGACGUCUGCUGAGAGAGCCUCAACACCCUCGGAGGGUAUCGGUCUGGAGGCCCGCAGCAUGGUCUCCGUUGCUGUCAAAAUCUCAUCGCAGAAUGCAGAACGCAAUGUCAAGGAAUUUCUGGUUGCUGUUGGAGUGAGAGGAGCCACACUCCAGCACAGAGUAGUCUCUCCCAGCCUGGGCUGGUAUGACCAGAUUGUUGACUUUCUGAAUGUUUCCGAUGAGCCUGUGUUGGGAUACGCCCCUCCUACGUCUGUCACCACCCUACAUUUACACCUGUGGAGCUGCUCUCUAGACUACAGACCCCUUUACCUGCCACUCAGAUCACUGUUGGUUGUGGAGACUUUUAGCAUCUCCAGCAGUGUCUCUUUAGACCACUCUUCCUCAACACUCAGGAUCAUUUUGGACGAAGCGGCUCUGUUCCUCUCAGACAAGAGUAAUGCUGUUUCUGUCAAUCUAGUGCGAGAUUAUGUCCAAGUGGUAGACAUGGGAACAUUGGAGCUCAGGAUCACAGCUGUCAAACCGGGAGUGGAUGGAAAGUUGUCGGAGCCCAGAUUUGAGCUGCGCUGUUCCAGCGACGUUAUUCACAUCAGAACGUGUUCGGACUCCUGUGCCGCCCUCAUGAACCUUAUCCAGUAUAUGGCCAGCUAUGGAGACUUGCUCCCCCCUGCAGAACCAGAGGCCAAACACAGCAGCACCACACAAAGAACCAAGGCGGAGUUUCCUAGCCGGCCCACAUCUCAGACCCUGUUGCUCGCUGAGACUGAGCAGCAGAUGCUGCAGGAUCUGAUGAGUGAAGCUAUGGAGGAGACUGACGGGCAGCAUGCAGCAGGGCUGCAGCAGAAUGGUGCGUGUGAGGAGCGGAAUCAAGACCAAGACCCGCCUCGCUCAGACCUAUUCCUGUUCCCGGAUGAGAGUGGGAAUUUUAACCAGGAGUCAAGCCCGACUUACCCCAUGCUUCACUCUCCUCUCAUCACUCCUGUCCCGAGCCUGACUCAAGAGACGGACGACUUUUGUAUCCUGGAGACACCAGGUUCCAGAGGAGAGGAUCUUGAUCAGGAGCCAGUGGUGAAGCAGCUCACCUCGGAUCCUGUGGAAAUCAAAGACGAUUACUUCAGUCAGCCUCUAGAUGGAAGCGAUUCCAGCCGAGGAGCCGUGAACUUUCCCAUCCCAGAGGUGCGCUACCUCAUCAAGGAGAUCUCUGUCAUCUGGCACCUCUAUGGUGGGAAGGACUUUGGGAGUGGCACUUUCACAGCCUCUCCUGCUAGAAGCCGGGGGUCUACACCCCAUAGCUCCCCGUCUCAGACUCCAGUCAGACAGGCCAAGGCUUCAGGACGGGCAGGAGGUGGAAGAGGAAGGAACCCUGACGUCCUGAUGGAGAUACAGCUCAGCAAAGUGAGAUUUCAGCAUGAGGUGUACCCGCAGGGCCAGGUGGCUUCUGAACCAGCAACGGACCAGCCAGUCUCCCGACAGGUGUUUAUUGUGCAGGACUUGGAGAUUCGAGACAGACUGGCUACUUCACAGAUGAACAAGUUCCUCUACUUGUAUUCUAGCAAGGAAAUGCCCAGAAAAGCUCAUUCUAACAUGUUGACAGUUAAGGCGCUGCACAUGUGUCCUGAGUCAGGCCAGGCUCCCCAGGAGUGCUGUUUGCGUGUUUCCCUGAUGCCUCUUCGCCUCAAUAUUGAUCAGGAUGCACUGUUCUUCUUGAAGGACUUCUUCACAAGUCUUGCUACUGAAGUUGAGUUUUUCUCACCGCCUGCUCAAGAAGCUGUCUGUGUUUCCACAAAAAAAGCGGCUGUCCCAGAGAUCACCUGCAGUUUCUCCAAGCACGCCAGCGGCAGCCAGAACCCGGCUCCAAUCAUCUCAGUGCCUGCUCAGAGACGUUUGAGCCACAACGGUUUCUGCACAUCUGGUCGGGAGGAAGCGAACGACAAUGAAGCCACUGCUCCUUCUUUCACAGACCAACCGAUCUUUUUUAGGGAAUUUCGGUUUACCUCUGAGGUUCCCAUUCGCUUGGAUUACCAUGGGAAACAUGUUGCAAUGGAGCAGGGAACAUUUGCAGGGAUCAUUAUCGGGUUGACACAGCUUAAUUGUUCAGAGCUGAAACUGAGGCGCUUGUGCUAUAGACAAGGAUUAUUGGGUGUUGAUAAGCUGUUUUCCUAUGCAAUAAACGAGUGGCUAAGCGACAUAAAGAAGAACCAGCUUCCAGGACUACUGGGUGGUGUGGGACCUAUUCACUCUCUGGUGCAACUAGUUCAGGGAUUCAGGGACUUGGUCUGGCUCCCGAUUGAGCAGUACAGGAAAGAUGGCCGGAUAGUCCGUGGGUUUCAGCGCGGCACCGCCUCCUUUGGAACUUCUACUGCUAUGGCUGCUCUGGAGCUCACCAACAGGAUGGUGCGGACCAUCCAGGCAGCAGCUGAAACGGCCUAUGACAUGGUGUCUCCAGUGCCUGAUGAGAGGGACACAAAGAGGGUAAAACGGUUCUCCCAUUACGGACUGGCUCAUCAGCCCGUUGACCUGAGAGAAGGUGUAGCCAAAGCCUAUACUGUUGUAAAAGAGGGCAUCACAGACACAGCACUGACCAUCUAUGACACAGCCACCAGGGAGCAUGAACAGCGUGGGAUGACGGGGGCAGUGGGUGGCGUUCUCCGCCAGCUGCCACCAGCAGUCGUAAAGCCACUCAUUAUGGCCACUGAAGCCACCUCCAAUGUCUUGGGUGGAAUGAGGAACCAGAUUCACCCUGACGCACGGCAGGAGGAGUCUCAGAAAUGGAGGCAGGGCGAGGAAUAAUUCUUCUUGCCAUAUGGUACCUGUCUGAAACCAUGACUGCAUAGAAGCAACAGCUGGAAAGUGUGUUCAACUUUCUUUGAAAGAGGAACACAGAUGUGCACAUACAGCCCUGGUAUAAAUACAUUACUGUUCAUUUUGUGGCAAUUUGAGCUACUGUGAUUCAGCUUGUGUCAGCUAACCAGUUCCCUCACAGUGCCUUCAUGGUUAUCAGCAUUGUUUAAUCAAAGAAUGUAUGAAGAGUAAUGAAUUAUAAGCCACAUCUAUAUGUCUUUUGAUUUGUUUUAGGAUAGACAACAGCGUUAUAAAUAUCAAAUAACAAUGAACAAAUAGGCACAUUUGAUUAAUUCUCAAGCAGCUGUGUUUACAAGUUGUGUAGUUACGUUCUCUAAUCGUGUCAACAAACACUAAUGGUAUAGGUGUAAUGACCCUUAAUGUUUAUAAUGUGCUGUAUGUGGGCUUUAUUUACUGUAAAUAUUCCUGAUGGUUAACAUUUCAUGCAAAUAUAGAAGAAGUAUAGAAACUGAAUGUGUUACAGCUGUGUAAAGUUCUGUUAUUAAGUGACUAAGUCAAAAUAAUGACAGAUGGGAAGACUAUCCAAAUUAGUUAUAAAUUUUCAUAAUUUUAUUUUGAGCUGUGAUCAAUGUUGUGACUUCACAAAAGCUGCUGUUCUGAAAAGCUGCUUUUAAAUUUUAAAAUUGGUUUCAAAUGUUUUAUUGUGUCGGUCUGUGCUCACAUUUGCAAGUUGUUGACAAACUUGUAUUUACUCAAUCUUGAAGCAAAGUCUUAAUAUCUUGCACAAUUGUCGGUUUUUUUGUUGUAUGUUUGAAUAUUGAUAUUCGACUUGAUAUGCUGUGUUGCAGACAUUUGAUUUGCCCAUUUUCUUGUUUAUGUGGACAGCAUAAUAUUUGUUGUACAUAAGUGUACAGUUGAAUUUGUAUUAAAAGCAUGAAAGGGAAAUAAAAACUGUUGAAUCUGA